CUUGAACAGGCUUUUUUUUCCCCAAAACUAACGCAAUCGCGAUGCCCGGUGAAGCUUUAUUAUUCCUCUUCGCUGUCAUAAUGGCAGCUCUGCUGCUAUUUUUGAUGGUGUUUUUCGUUAUCAUGUUUUCUGAUUUAGAAUGCGACUACAUUAAUCCAAUCGAUCUUUGCAACAAAUUGAAUCAGUUUGUUCUUCCAGAGAUGGGCGCCCACGCAUUUUUGUUUUUCAUGUUUCUUAUCAAUGGAAGUUGGUUUUCAUUGCUGUUGAAUUUGCCAUUGGUCGCCUUUAAUAUUCGCAAGGUUACGAGCAAUCGUCAUAUGUACGAUGCCACCGAGAUCUUUCGAACACUUGGAGUGCACAAAAAGGAAUGCUUUAUCAAGCUUGCCUUUUACCUUUGCUGUUUCUUCUGGUAUCUCUACCGCAUGAUUGUCGCUCUUAUUGCUGCCGACGCCUAGCCAAAAGGAAAGCGAAAGGGAACGUUCCCGUUAAUUGUACAUGAUUUAUAUAACUCUUACGAUCCCUCCACAGUACGCAAUGGCGUUUGUGUCUCUGUGUAUGUUUGUAUAUUACCCGCCCCCCUUAAUGUGUCAAUCUAAAAGCAGGACAGGAUGGAAUGUAUGUUUGUAAGGGAUAGUAUGUGUGGAGGGCUCC